AUAAAAUAUGUAUUCUAUGUACGAUAUGUCGAGGUCGUCGUGUUUAGUCAUCGUUUGAUAGUCGGGCUAUUUUUACGUUAUUAGAUUUCGAUUUAUUUUAAUUUCUGCAAGAUUCCUAUUUGAUUGUUGCACCAGUGUUAUUUUCUUGAGUAAUAUAGGUACACUGUAAAUCAUUAGUGUAUUUAUUUUCUAGAUUUUAUAUAAAUAGGUAUCCGUUGAUUACGAACUCAGUGAUUGAAAUUGGUUGGCGAUGGCGUCUUUCCUUCCGGUAACGUUGGCGGGCGAUAAUCUGGGAACACGACACCAUCAGUUUAAUUCCCUUGUAAACAACAGUUAUGAACAAAACAUCCCCUUUUCAUCCAUCAAGAAUGUUGAAGAAUAUUCUCCUUUAGAUCGUCUAUUCAAAAUCGAUCUCGCAUCGAGAUAUAAAAACGUGGAAUACAUACUAGAAACUUUCAAAGAUGAAGAUUUGCUAUAUGUUAGUAGGGCACUUAAAAGCAAGUGGCUUUUGGAUAAAGAAUACAGCCACAUUUUUAAUAGUGCUCAUUUAGAAGAUGUGUUGUACCCAGAGAUGACAACACCGGCGGUAUCGAAAGUGAAACAUUGGAUAUAUCUGAACCUAAAAGACUCUCAAAGAUCACAAGAGUUUUAUGAAUAUUAUAAAAUCAAAAAUUUUGAUACUGCUAUUAAGUUUCUUCGGAAUUGUACCAGUGACUUCAUUCUGAGAGAAGUUCCUAAUUUCAUGGAAAAAUUGUCACCAAAACUUUUGAAAUUUUUAUCGGAAAAAUGCCCGGAGGUAGCAAAAAUAUUCUUUGAUAGUUUUCAAAACGACGACAAACUUGCAUCGAUCUACAGGAGAGACGAAAGAAAGUACUACAGUAACUUGAAAUUUCUAUUAAAAAUUAACGGCGACAUUUUCUUGGACAUCGCAGAGAAAUACGUUCACUUCAGUCGCUUCAGUGCUGAUGCUACAAAAUUCAUUAUGAAACAUUACAAGGAUAGGUUUAACAAGAAGACUGAACUUUAUGCAACUUCUUUUCUCGACAUGAAAACUUUAGCUACAUGCUUAUCGUCGGAAGAAAUUAAAGAAGUGGUUUUAAAAUUAGCACGCGCGCAAUACAUUCAGUUUUGGUUUAAUUAUAAAAAUGUAGAACCCUUGAUAAAAGCGUUGAGUGUUGAAGAAAGGAAGACGUUUAAGAAGAAAGUAUUUGUCGAUAAGGAUGUGGGUGAAUUGGUAGACACUUGGCCGUAUGACAAACCUACUCCGCCUCAAGGACGAGGACCCGGUAGCAAUAUCUUCCAAGAUAAACAACAUGAUCCAGAGGAGUACGAAAGUCUGAUUGGAAACGCUCCUAUAAGUUUUAGGAGCUGCUUAAAGAAACGGAAAUGUAUGAAACGAUCUGCAUGUCAGGCAUUGGCUUGCGAGAUGAUUUCAGUACGUAAAUCAUCCUUUGAUAUUCUCUUCGAUAAGUACCGUUUCAUUAGUUUCGGAGCUGCUUUAUACGAGUUACGAAAACAGAUGAAGGUAGAAACUACACAGCACCGACAAAAUAUAAUGUUGUUGUUGAUUAGCAAGACCGGAGGGCACGCUCAGUUUGUGGAAGAGUUACUAACGUUGUUCGCCACGCAACAUCAUAACGAGCCUGAUAAUCUCAGAGCUACCAUAAUACGUAGUUUAGUUCGUCGCAGCUGUGCCUGGAGGCUGCCCCAAAAUGUAUGGGAGGCGAUGGUGAAAUUCGGUCACGGCUUGGGUUUAGACGGCCAACCAUCGCCAGUGGCUUGCAGUGAAGGUCUUCACGCCGUUAUACUAAGAAGUAUUCUGCUUGAUUGUACAAUUGAAGCACCGGUUUGGAAGGCAUUUUUGAACAAUUUCUCUACUCUGAAAGAAUAUUCUUUAAAUUAUGAAGAAAAGAAAAAGGUGUACUCUAAAUUGCCUGCUUUGCUGCUAGACCGAGCAAAGAACGACUCGACACAAGCGAUAGAACUGCUCGAUAAAACGUUGGAUGUUCUUGACGCGUACAAAUUGCGGGCUGAUACAUGUCCACACUUGGUCUCUUCUAUAGCAUCUGCAGCAAGAAAGGACGACAAAGCAGAGCAUCUGUUGCGUCGUCUGUACACAUCUCGUGUCGCACGCAAACAACUUUUCAGAGAGAAUUUCGCGAUAUUUCAAACUGACGAAUCAUAUCUAAAUGCUCUGAAACACAAUACCGAUAUUAUUUCGUCCGGGGAAACUUUUGAAGAGUUGAUAAAAACGAACAAGUUAGAUCAUGAUAGAUUUCUUAGAGCUCUGAGUUUAUAUUUUAAUGAAGAAAACGGUUUGGCACAAAGAUAUUUAACGCUGCUAAAGAAAAAUGUUGAGAAAUCACCUAAAAUUAAAGUUGCUCAUUCAAUUGCUAUCCUUUCAGGAAACGAAAUACUGGAUAUGAUUCUUGAAUACGACGCUGCACCUAAACAGAGCGAACUCAAACGGUUUUCGGGAGCUUUAAGAGCAAAUAUGCAUUUGGCUAGACCUUCAUUAGAGUUAAAGAACGUAGGCUGGCAAAAGUUGGGUGCAAAAGCAGUAGCCAAUCGAAUAUUGAUCUGCAGAGGUAACGAUAUAGAUCAGAACAUACAGACGUUAUUGUCCUGGAGUAGAACAUUGAGAUUGGCAUUAGUGUUAUCGAUGCGGUCAGGAAAAGAAAUGGAUAUUUUGACUGCUAUAGGUGACAAAAGACCUACGAUGAUACUUAAGACACUCCUUUUACAUUCAAGAACAAAGAAACUUGACGAAAGAGUAUGGGAUGUUAUUAUAACUAUUAUAGAAAAGCUGCACGCUUCCGAUAAACUUAACAGUCGUACUAAAAAAGUGUUGUACAAUUUGAACAUAGUUCCUGCAAGUAAAAAAGCAAAAUACUGUCAAAUGGUUUAUAAGGUUUUGCAGAAAGGGUCUGAAUAUGCGGCGGUACCAAUGCUUUCUCAUGCUGAAAACAUCUUGUGGGACGUAGACGAAGAAUUUAUAGACAAAGUCACUAAAGAAUUUAUGUCUAAGGACUUUGUUCUAGCAAAGAUGCCCAAUAAAGACUAUUAUUAUGACAUGGUCAUAACAUUGCACUUGAGAGUAGUCGCGAAAUAUCUUCUGCUUUGCAAAAGCGAGGCUGAGCAAGAGAAGCGAUGGAAAAGCCUAGGCGAGCCAGUCAUUGACCACUGUGGCAAGAUAUGGACCGGUUGGCAAGACAAAAACGAUCUCACUGAAUAUUUCAAUGAAUUCAUACAAUCUUUGAAAUUCACCAAAGUUUUCUUGGACACUCAGUACGUGUCGUGCUUGCCAAUGAUCGAGAAAGUCAUAAAUAAACUGCAAACGAUCUUGCCUCUACACAAAUUUUACAACAUUUAUAUACAUUUGCAUUUGACGAUGCUCUAUUUCAAAACUUUGAGGCAAGCUAAGAAAAAUAACCCGAUAGUGUUUGAAGAUUUGCCAAAAAAUUUAGAUGCUGCAACGGAAAUAGUGGGAAAAAUAUUCGGCAAGUACAUUGCACACGAAGUUAUCGAGUUGAUGGAUACGCAUUUUGAGUCAAUGAGGGAGUUGUACAAGAGGGACUUUGUUGAAUAUAUUCGAAAAUAUUUUGAAUACGGGGACAACAGGUCUUUGUUCAUCGCGAAUGUUAUAAAGGGCAUUCUAGACUGCGAAAAUCCCAGGUCACAUUUGGUUGCAGAGUACUUGUAUGACAGUGAAUCACGGCUGUUUCCGAAAAAUAUUAAAGACGAUGUCUUUGGAUUGUUGGAAAAGGACACAAGUAUCGAAGUUCAGUUCUUUAUCAACGCGCAUAACACUCCUAAUCCUAUAAUUCCGCGUACCCUCUAAUGUAGACUUGUAUUUUCAAAGUAACACGUAUAACGUUCUCUUGCAGUAAGUAUUUAGUAACUAGACUUCCGUAUGUAACCAAUUACUACUUUAAAUUAAGAAAUAACGUUUCGCGGGCCUUGGGCGAUCAAAUAUUAGGAAUGGCUAAUCAAUCAUGGCAUAAAAGAGGCGAACAUGAAACGGCACUAAAUUACAGUACAUAAAAGCAUUUAUGUAGACAUAUAUCUCUAUUUAGAGACGGAGGACAGGAGUGCUUUGCAAUAGACUACUUUGGGCAGAAGGCAAGAGGGACACCACUGCCUUAUUUUUCCCUAAAAAAAGUAGCAUGGAGAAAGCUACACCGACAAGAGCGCGGCUCUUAUCUCGAUGUAGACGACCCAUUAGACUGCGUACAAUGUCUCGGUAAACGAUAAGCUGAGACGGCGGCGGCUGGUACCUCAUAGCCUAGGGCAUCUGAAACUGCAACUUCGCCUCUUGAAACACUUAGGGUAGUAUUAAUAAAUUAAUCUCAGCCGAGACUGUCUUCAAGACCAUGCUCAAGUCUCUGUUUUUGUAUUAAGAACUGUCACAUUGACAUGAUAUUGAGAGCAGUCUCGAAGCCCGUAUUCUAAGCGAUGUUAACUCCAACCUUUCUCGACCCGUCCUCAGUCGAGUCGACUUCAGUCUUCCACGAAUUCAGCUCAAAAUCGGCAUUAUGACUCAACCUUACCUCGACUUUAAUCGAGUAAAGCGCGUCAAUGUCAACUUAAAAUUCUGCUGAGGCAGAGUCGAGUGGAGGAAGAACCGAGUGAACAUCUUAGAAUAAGGGUGUCAUACUUAAUGAAUACGUAUACAUACACAAAACAUAAACAUCCUAUAUAUGUCCCACUGCUGGGCACAGGCCUCCCCUCAAACAACCAGAAGGAGUAUGGA